CUCUGUGGUUUCUAAGUUUGCUUGUCAUCGCCGCCGAACUGAAAACGUUAUUUGCCUAAAGUUUUACAUUGAUUCUAUGCAGAAUUAAGCCUUCAUAAUAAAUACAUAUUUACUCUUUUUAUAAAUCAAAACCAUGAGUUCCAUCGGAACAGGAUACGAUCUUUCUGCUUCACAAUUUUCACCCGAUGGAAGAGUAUUUCAAGUGGAGUAUGCAGCAAAAGCAGUUGAAAAUUCUGGUACAGUUAUCGGUCUCCGAGGGAAGGAUGGAGUUGUAUUCGCAGUUGAAAAGCUAGUGACAUCAAAACUGUAUGAACCUGGUGCUAAUAAAAGAAUAUUUCAUGUUGAUGAACAUGUUGGCAUGGCUGUGGCGGGUCUCAUAUCAGAUGCAAGACAGAUUGUGGAAACAGCCCGUUCCGAAGCUUCUAACUACAGAUCUCAGUACGGAAUCCCAGUGCCGUUAAAGUAUUUGAAUGAACGUGUCUCUAUGUACAUGCAUGCUUACACUCUGUACAGUGCAGUCCGUCCUUAUGGGUGUUCGGUUGUGAUGGGAACAUGGACAGAGCACGACGGACCCCAGAUGUACAUGCUCGACCCUAGUGGAGUUGCAUUUUCAUACUUCGGCUGUGCAGUAGGCAAAGCGAAACAAGCCGCUAAGACUGAGAUUGAAAAGCUGAAAUUGGCUGACCUGACAGUGAAGGAUCUUGUAAAAGAAGCUGCUAGAAUCAUCUACCUAGUCCACGACGAGUUGAAAGACAAACAGUUCGAGUUGGAACUGUCGUGGGUGUCGGCAGCGACACGCGGGCGUCACGAGAUGGUGCCGCGCAGCGUCGCGCAGGACGCGGAGAGCACCGCCAGGCAGGCCCUCGCCGACAUCGACGAUUCCGACGCUGACGACAUGUAGAACUAACGAAAUAAACCUUUGUAAACUAAUAAACAGUCUUUUCAAAAAUUAUGAAGUUUUACUUCGGUC